CUUUCGAAAUCAUGGAAAAUGACAAUAGAAGAGAAGAAAAUAACGAAGUAACAGGAGACAUAGGAAACGACGAAAAUGCAGAACUGCAGGAAAGAGGUUCUGAUAAUCAAUAUCAGCUGGUAUUAAAAUCCCCCAACUAUAAAUCCACGCGAAACGAACAAUAUAACAGAAAGUCAUCUCGCUCGCGAUCGAGAUCGCGUAGCAAGCCUUUGCGGAAGAAGCAAAGGAGAAGCGCGAACGCUUUUCUCAAUUUUAUGCAAGAUUUUAGACAGGAUUAUAAUAAGAUAAAAAGCAAAGAUCUCUUUCGACUCGGAGGACAAAAGUGGCGACAAAUGUCAUCCACAGAGAAGAUGCCUUACAUGGAGGCGGCUAAGCUGGUGCAGAAACAAUCGCAGCAAAAUAAUAAGAGUGAACAAACUACCAAUAAACCCACUGGCAGUGACGUCUCCAAAAAGUCGGACAAUGAGCAGAAAAAAAAAGAACGAGAGAAAAGAAAUGAGAGGAAGCGUUCCAGAAGCAAGACAUACGAUUCUGACGCGGAAUCAGACACUGCAACCUCGGGAACAGGCGCGACUAUGACCAGCGAGGAUAAUUCAGAUCUGAGUUCUUAGAUGUAAAUUAAAUCACGAUAGAAAACAAGAAUGCCAAGAAAUAUGUACACGAAUCAGUUUAGUUUGACGUGUCCUAAAAUUUGAUCGUACUUAAUUCGAAACUUGAAUAAAG